UGGGUUGAGGAUCUCAGUUAAAGUUUUGUCUCUUUCAUUUCAAGCUGGCCUAGUUGAACCUUUUUAUGGUACAAUUUCUUUGUAUAAUAGGGAAAGAAGGGAACAAUUGUCAGAAGAUUUCCAUUUUAGUGUUCUGCCUACUGAAAUGCAGGAUGUUACAAUUUCUUCUGAACCUCGUGGAAUUUUUUAUUUAGAUGCUCCAUCAGCAUCAGUCUGUCUUUUGAUACAAUUGGAGAAGCCUGCCACAGAGGAAGGCGGGGUUACCGCUUCUGUUUAUUCACGUAAAGAACCUGUCCACUUGACUGAGAGAGAAAAACAGAAGCUGCAGGUGUGGUCUCGGAUUAUGCCUUACAGAGAAUCCUUUGCCUGGGCAAUUGUUCCAUUGUUUGAUAACAGCAUUGGUGCAGCUUCGGGUGGGUCUGCUUCCCCUAGCAGUCCACUUGCUCCUAGUAUGUCUGGGUCAAGUUCCCAUGAGGGUGUCUUCGAACCCAUCGCCAAGAUCAUGUUAGAUGGGAAGCUAGGAUACUCUGGUGGAAGCUCUGUUGUUGUUGAAAUCUCUAACUUGAACAAAGUCAAAGAAAGCUACAUUGAGGAGUCACUUCAGUAUGGCGAUAUUCCUCUGCAGAACAAAUUCUCCAGGUACACGGUUUUUGACUUCCUCAAAGUGCAUGUGGUGAUGGUUGGUUAUAAGGAGGAUGAGCUAUGGGCUUGGCAUGUCAUCUAA